AUGCAGAACUCAAGACAGCACAGGGAGAGUCCAGAAUUGAACAGGGAGGGAGUGUGUCAGAUUGGGAGAGAUUGGGGAAAGAGAAAGGGGGGAAUGGGCCAGGGGGAAGAGCCUCUGGUGGCUGUAGCUGUUGAGUUGUCGCCGGUGGUGAUUCAAGCAGAUGUGACUUUAGUGAAAGGGGUGCUUGAGGUGCUGGGGAGAUCAAGAGGGGAGGAUGGCGGAGAGGACGGAGGGAACGAGGCGGGUGAGGGGGGAGAGGCAGCAGCAGCUGGUGCAGCUGCAGCGGCAGCCGCGGCAGUGGUGACAGCGCAUACAGCAGCAAUACCAGCACCACUGCCAGCAGCAUCACCACCAGUAGCAGCAGCACAACCAGCAGCAGCAGCAGCAACAGCAGCAACAGCAGCAGCAGCAGCAGCAUCAGGGCCGGGUGGUAGUAGUGAAGUGCCUGAAGGAGCAGCAGCAGUGUGGGCGGAUAACUAUGUGGAAAAUUGGUUGGAGCAGCGGCUGCUGGAGAAGAGACGGGCCAAGGAGGAGAUGCGAAGAGCAAAACAGCGAGCAGAGGAGGAAGCAGCCGAUAUGGAUGCCAGUAUGAGUGAUAUGAGUGAGUUUUUCGACUGCCUCGACUCGGCCAUGUUCCUCUCCUCAUCCCUCUCCGCCUCACUCCAUUCCUCCACCAACCCUCCUGCACCAGCCUCGUCACUCCCCGCCUCUCCUCCUCCUCAUUCCCCUUAUGCUGCCACUGCAGCAGCAGCAGCUGCUGCUGCUGCCGCCGCUGCUGUUGCUGUUCAACCUUCGUCCCCUUCAUCCCACCCUUCGUCACCUUCCUCCCCCCCCUCCCCAUCAUCCGCACCUCCCUCCCUCUGGUCCUGGGCGCAAGCAGCAGUCUCAGCAGUCUCCGCCACGUCAGCACUGGCAGCUGGACUGCCGCCCGCUGCUGCUGCAUCCUCAGCUGUCUCUGCAUCACUUGCACUAGCAGCGGUCUCAGCAGUCUCAGCCACCUCUGCACUGGCAGCGGUCUCAGCAGUCUCAGCCACCUCUGCACUGGCAGCUGGGAUGCCGCCCGUUGCUGCGGCGUCUUCUUCUGUCUCUGCGUCCCUAGCGCUUGCAGGGCGUUCACCACUAGCAAGCUCUCUCUGCUCCCCCACAAACCCCCACCGCCUCCUGCACUUCCCACCCUCCUCUUUUGAGUCGACUCAAAAGUCAACAAACCCCCACCGCCUCCUGCACUUCCCACCCUCCUCUUUUGAGUCGACUCAAAAGUCAACAAACCCCCACCGCCUCCUGCACUUCCCACCCUCCUCUUUUGAGUCGACUCAAAAGUCAACAAACCCCCACCGCCUCCUGCACUUCCCACCCUCCUCCAUCUCGGUCCCACAUUCGCCUCCCGUUGUUUUCUCUCUCUCUGUGUCACCUUGCUCUGUGCUUUCAGGGUUUACAUUCCCACCGUCAUUUCUGCAUUCUUUCAAAUCUUCUUCGCCCCGCAUUCCUCUGUGCUUCCCUCUUUUCCCAACCGAGCAGAACCCUCCCAGCCUCUUCUCUCUCUUUCCUUCGGUAUCCCCUGCAUAA